AUUAUAUUAGACUGCCUUGACGUUAAAUACUCCAAAAGUGGAGGACCAGGUGGACAGAAUGUUAACAAAGUAAAUACUAAGGUAGAUGUACGCUUCCAUGUCGAUUCUAUGGAAUGGAUACCAGAAUGGGUGAAGCAGCGUUUGUGUCAGCUGGAAAAAAAGAGGAUUAAUAAGGAAGGCCAGCUAGUAAUCUCUUCUACCAAAUUUCGAUCACAGAAAUUGAACUUAGAUGACGCUAUUCAAAAAUUAGAAGAUAUCAUUAACAAGGCU